AUGAUCCCGGAAACCUAUCUAGCCUGCCAAAUUUCGAACAAAAGCAUCAAAGUAUGCCCCCCCCCCCCGCCUGUUCCAAAUCCACACACUUACAUUUUCUUCCAGGUAUUUUUCAGCACGCUGACGGUAGCAUCCAUCUAUAUGAGUGUAAAGGUGGUGAAUGGAAAAGUAAGCAAGAUUCCCAGCCCAUGCGACUGCGAUUUCGAGACUAACCAUCCCAAAGAUCAAGGCGUUUCCGUCGAGAAAGAAAACGUUCCAAUGCCAGUCGAAAACCUAACACCACUCUGCUGUACCAUGACCGAGGAUGGAAGCAUUCAUCUUUUCUUUGCUGGCUAUGAUGGCGAGAAACAAGAUGAUGUUAUUGAUUUUGUCCACGGCUCGAACUUGGGCUGUACAUCGGUUCGAAAUGAGAUUACUGUGUUCUAUGGGCAACAGAACAAUUCUGUGGCCACGAUGUUGUAUUCUAAUGGGAAGUGGGAGGAUGGAGCUGUUGUAAUUCCGUCCUCAUAA